AUGAAACUCUCGGCGCUACUUUUAUUGCUCAUUUGUGGCCAUAAAAUACGGGCUAAAUCACCACAGGAGCGGAUCGUAGGUGGCGUGGAGUUGCCCAUUGAUGUGUCACCCUGGUUGGCUUCUAUUAGUGUGCAUGGAAACUACAGUUGCAGCUCGGCCUUGAUUACCUCCCAGUGGCUGCUGACGGCCGGGCAUUGUGUCCACUAUCCGGAUAGAUACACAGUUCGGGCAGGAUCUGUGUCCCCCGAAGAAGGAGGCGAUAUUAGAGAGGUGGAAAGAAUUAUCCUGCAUCCGGGUUUCAAGCUGCGAACCCUGGACAACGACAUUGCUUUACUGAAGACCAAGGAACCCUUUCAGUUGGGUGACAAUGUGCAACUGGUAAAACUUCCCCUGCCGGGACUUGGUAUCCUUCCAAGAACACUCCUGGCCGCUGGCUGGGGCACCGUAAAUGUCAACGCCAGCGACACAGAACCAAGGCUACGUGGCACUUUCGUGAAUGUCAUAGACCAGAGGCGAUGCCAGCGGCUCUACUCUCGCCUAGGUCGUCCCAUCAGGGCCAAUAUGCUGUGUGCGGCGGCCGCUGGUCGGGAUCACUGCUACGGAGACUCGGGUGCUCCUCUAGUACAUCACGGCAGUAGCUAUGGAAUUGUUUCCUUUGCCCACGGCUGUGCUGAUCCCCGUUUUCCAGGAGUCUACACCAGGCUGGCCAACUAUGUGACCUGGAUCUUCAAUGUCCUAAGAAGUUAG